AUGGUCACAGUCACGACAAGGAAUAAAAUCCGCACUUCCUAUUCUACUCAUACUGACUCCGAAGAGUCAGCAACCACUCAAGCUGCCAAGAUUGUUAAUACCCUAGUGUCCGUCAUCUUGCCCGACUUCUGGGGUACUCUAAAGUCCAGCCAGAGCGAUACCUCGGACAGACGCUUGCUCAUCGCUUGCCUCACAAGCAUCCUCGGAAUUGGAUCCAUCCUCGCACGCUUGAAGCUGCUGAAGGCAGAGCUUCAAGAGAAAAAAGGCAAUGCCCAGAAUGUGGCCGAGCUCCUGGAAGUCCUGGACGUAGUCCUCCAACGCGAUGACUUCGCACAAAAGAUAUGGACAGACAUUAACCGAUUAGAGGCGCACGCGGUUCGACGUACCAUACUAUGGAAAGACUUCGUCACUCAAGUCGCGUCGGGCAGAAUCAUAUCCGCGGCGGCGCAAGCGGAAAAUGCGCUCAGAGCAUCAGGAGACGUGAGUCCUGGACCUUGGCUGGCAGACGGUAGUGGUUACGCAAGAUGGCUCGGAAGAAGCAUUGCCGCCAUGGCGAAAACAUUCGCAGAAAGGGAUGAUACAGCAACUACAGCAGCUGCGCAGCUCCUGGAGAAGUCAUUUAGCCUCGGCUACACGUCCCACAUUAUUGAGGAAAUCCACAUCAAUCUUUCGUUUGCACGGCCAUCACUACUACGUAACCUGCGGAAAGUGACAGAGAAGCUGCGCGUCAGCGAUCAGCAGCGCUUUCUCCAGACAACACUCUCCAUGCUCGACAGCAAGUUUCUUCAGACCAACCUAGGCGACGGGGAUGAAUCGGCUGGCAAGCUUUCGAAAGCAAUAGGAGGAUCGGCUGCACUAUUACGCGACCUUGCAUCGAACAAUGAUCGAUUACAGGACACUCUAGUCGAGUGGCUCACAGACGACAGGUCCGGCGGGUCAACGAAGCUCAGGCGUGCUGCCUUGGCCGCGCUCCAAACGGACGAAGACCGGAUGCAAAGGGUAAUGGAGCGGAACAUGCAGCAAUUUGGAGAUCCGCUGUUCAUCAAGCAUACGCCUAUCGUACAGCAAGAGGCGAUCGCGCAGACACUCCUCGUGUCUUGCGGUUAUGUCCACCGAGCCCUGCCGAUGUUUCUCUUCACGCUGGCUCGGAGCAGUGUCCACAUGAACGGAGUGUCGAACCGGCUUGCUUCGUCUUCACCUCGUACACGCUGGCUGGGCAUGGUAGUGGGUAUGAGCGUUUCUGGGCUUGUCGACAAGCCUGAGAAUCAGAUGAGGUUUGAUCUUGAAGAGCUAGAGACGGUCGAGGCCAGAUGGUACCGCGAUUUGGUGCAUGUCAACGAUCGAAUUGGCUCCAUCAAUGAUCUAGCUCUUAAUGUUGAACGGACAAAGGCCACAUCAACUUCCGCAUCGGAACAACCACUCCAGAGUGGUUCUAGGAAAUCUAUCAGCAAGGCCGCGCUGAGAGAACCAAUCGCAAGCGUACCACGGUGUUCUCCUGCUAGGUCGUCGCACAAUUAUGCAAUACCAGCUGGACUAAGGAUCGUCGAACUAUCAGAUGAUUCAGAAGAGGACGACUUGGUUCCAUAUACAAAGCCAGACUCCGAUCCAGAAGACGAUGAUCCCGAUCCAACUCUCGUACAGCGCAACAAGCCCACAGCGCCUGUCUACAUCCGCGACCUGAUCGUCGGUCUCAAAGACACGGAGAACUAUGACCGCCAUUCCCUUGCUCUUCGGACUGCGGCAAGCCUGAUCCGCCGCAAGGCAAACUUCGGCACGGAAGUUACUGACCACAUUGAGGAACUAGCCACGACGCUGGUAGGCCUCAACGACACGUUUGAGCUUGAUGACUUCCACGAGAUGCGGCAGGAAGCCAUGAUAGCUGUGCUUCUUGCUCAGCCCGCAAAGAUGGGUCAGUGGUUCGCGAGAACUUUCUUCGAGGGAGACUACUCUAUGGCUCAGCGAGUCUCCAUCCUGACCACCCUUGGUCUUGGUGCAAGGGAGUUAGCAGGUUUCAAGAGCGACGACGUUCGGCCCUCCAGCACCAAGGCCGAGCCUUCUUUUCCUUCGAAAAGGUUACCGGAUAAACUGCACAAGGUGUACGCGUCAGACAGCCUCACAGUCGACGCUCAGGCCAAGCGACUCGCACAUACAAUGAUCGAGCCUAUGGCGCUAACUGCAGCGGACAAACUGAGCGGACCAAACGCACUCAAAGUCCGGACGUUCUCGUCGAGAAUGGAGGUGGAGAAGAAACGCACAAAAGCCAUACCGAACGAACUUGCUAAGCUCGUCGCGCAGCACUUCUUCUUCCCGCUCACGGGGCGGUGGUGGACGCGGGUCCGGGCAUACGGCAACGACAACCUCUACUUCUCCCCCAUCCUUCUCCCCGCUUUCCUCAAGACUCUCUCACUUUUGCUCCACGCAUCCGGCCCUUCGACACUCUCCCUCCCGCAGAUGACGUCCGAGUUCUGGGAUCUGCUGCUUUCAGUAAGAUCAAACGCCUUGAAUGAUCCGGCAAUUCUGGAAGCAGUACUGUUUGCGCUGCUGACGCUGCUCGACGUUAACGAAGAUCAGCGCCGGCUAGCGCAAGAGCAUGCUAAAGAGUUAAUUGAGACGCAGGAGUGGGUGAAGCUUGUGUUUGAGAGAGUGAGUGGAGGGGAUGAGGAAAGUGAGAGGGUAAGGAUGUUGGCUGCGGGGGUACUGGUUAGGUGUGGGGAGAUUGUGGAGAAGUUUCAGCGGCUGCUGAUGGGAGACUUGGUAGGAUUUUGA